AUGUGGCUUUCAUUCAUUUAUGAUCCUCAAUCGGAAUCCAUCGAAAAGCUCUGCGACUCCUUCGAAAACGCUUGCUGCUCUUAUCUACCCCACGGAAAGCAGCACAUCGACGAAAUUCGCUUGUGGAGACUCCAAUUCCGAAACAGCCUCGACGAUUCUGUAGCUCUCCACGUGCUAGUUGAGUGUAGUUGACACGCCCUAUUUGCUUCAACAUCCGGUUUGGCCGGUGGAACAUUUUCACACAUCGGAAAUCGCGGACAAACGUACCUUAUACCCCAUUGCUGAGAAAAUAGAAAAAGUCUCGAUUUCCGAGUGCCGCGCAGUCGCCACGAGUUAAACACAUAGCGGAGGUGUCCUAUGGGAACGAUACCGAAGGACACUCGACUCUGGAAUAUCGAAUACCCGAAUCGUUGCUCUGCCCAGAAACGGGAGAUACAGAGAACGUAGUUCAGUUCCGAAUACCGGUUUCAAAGAAUACGACGGCGAGCUCAGCAGUUAAAGAUGCGAUUGAAGAAGCACGGGUGGUCAUUGGCCGGCAAGUGCCCAUUUCAGAUGAAACGGUUCGUCAAUUAAAGGAGAGUACUGAGGUUUGUCUUCGGAAUCAUUUAAUUGGAUAAU